UAAGCUGCAUUUCAGUUUUCUGUUUUAUUUUUCUUUUCAAUUUUUUAAUAUUGAAACCUGUUGAUUACUCAUCAAGAGCGAAACAAUUGCUUAUCAUAAGAAUUGUAAACUUUAGGAGCUGUUUCUGAUAUGAUGAAAUUUUAUUAUCAGCAUUAAAACAUGUGUCGUGUGUAAGAAGAAAGCAAUUUUCAGUAAUUGAUAAAUAAAAGAGAAAAACAUUUUAUUCAUUCAUUUGAGAACUGCAUAUUGAGUUGCCCUCUGAGACAAAAUAAGAAAGAACAUUCACGACGCACAGAAAAGAAAUUUAAUGCAAAAAAUAUAAGUAAAUAUAAAUACAUGUGCCGUUAUUUGUUCCCAAAACAAAAAAAAAGUUUAAAAAAAAUUGCCGUGUGUGACGACAAUAGUUUCAAAAAAAAAAUUAAUACGUGAAGUAAGCAAAAACACAAAGUGAUAAAUAAAAAAAAAGAAUUACACGUCUUGUUUAUGGUUCAAUUACAAAGCAAUUUAAGCAUCUGAAUCUGUUUAUGCCUCGACUGAAAUAACUCAUCGAACAAAAAGAAGAAGACACAAAAUAAAAGAAGAUCAAAAUCGCUUUCAAUUGAACGUGUUCAGUGUUUUUGUGGUAGAACGAAAUCAAAAAUCAUGGGCGAGAGACGCGGUACAAAAGCAUUGGAAUUAUGGUGUCGUCGGAUGGUUGAAGGUUAUAACGUGAGAGUCGACAACAUGACAACUUCUUGGCGCAAUGGAUUGGUGUUUUGUGCUUUGGUCAGCAAAUGUUCAUCACUCAAGCAAAUGCCAGAUUUGAUACAAUUUGAUGAAUUGAAGAAAGAGAAUAUUUAUCAUAACAAUGAGCUUGCAUUCCGUGUGGCCGAAGAAUAUUUGAACAUCCCUGCUUUGUUGGAUCCCCAGGACAUGGUUGAUUAUGAAGUUCCAGAUAAAUUGAGCAUACUCACAUAUUUAUCACAGUUCUAUCAAGUGUUUGGAGCCCAAGAAAACUCUUUACGACUCAGUAAACGUUCGUCAACAGCAGAAGCGAAUAAAUCAUCUUCAACAAGUCCACCUGCAAAGGACGAUAGCUUGAAAGGAACUUUUUUGCCCGAGAUCAUUUGUUAAAAAAAAUUUUAAGUCACGCGAGCAUAAGAAGAAAUUUUAAAAGUUUUUAUAUCAAAUUUAAUAUUGUUGCUUAAGGAAAAAUCCACAUAAUAGUAUUAGCGAGUUGCAGUUCAUACUCAUUUAGAUCAUAAUAUAAGCUUACCGCAAAACGUAUCAUUUAUCCUGAAGACAUCAUCAAAAAAUAUUUUUCGCAUUAAUCAUCAGAUGGCUAAUGUUGUACCUAGACGGGAGCCUUGCGUUAAGUGCAAUAAUCCUGUGUUCCUUGCUGAACGUUUAAUCAUCAAUCAAAGUCUUUAUCAUCGCACUUGUUUCCGUUGUGCAAGAUGCAGCUCAAUCUUAACAUUGGGAAAUUUUUAUGAAACCGAGAAAGAUCACGAAUAUUGUUGUGAAACAUGUCCCGAUGAAGAAAAGUCGACAAAAGCAAAAGUUGAUGAAGGAAAUCGUUUAUCGAUUGCACAAAAAAUUGCUCUUUUUGAAAAAGAGUCGUCGAGUGUAUUGAAGAAGUCAUUGAGUGAUGAAGAGAAAUCAAAGAGUUUGAGUCGACAAACGCCAGUAAAUUCGCCAGCUCUUAACAAUUUCCUGUCAACGCAAAUUGGAGCGCAUGAAACGGAAGUAAGUGAAGAAGAGAAAACAGCGGAAACUCUAAGUUCCGAAUCGGAAAGUGAUGAUGAAACUGCGCCCUCCAUUCCAUCGAUAAGUGAUACGAAACUAACUAAAAUAAGUGACCAUAAAGUAAUUAGUGAAGUGCCGGACAAUAUCAAUGUUACCAAAGAACUAACACACGGCAAAAAUAUUGAAGCCAUUGCUAAAGCAGCAGAAACAAAUCAAGAAUCUCACGCAGAAGAAAAUAAAGACAUUCACAAUAGUGCACCUGUAGUUGUAGAAGAAAAUGUGCCUGAUGAUAUCGAACUUGAAUUUGAGAAACUUGCCGAAGAUGCAUUCAACAGCCCAGUUGUGCCUAUUCCAAUCGUCACAGCACCGACACCAAUUAAAUCUUUUGAAGAAGAAACAACAACAACAAAAGCAGUAGAGCCAAUGAAACAAGAAAUAAAAGAAAUUGAAGAAAGCUCAAAUAAUGGAAAGACUGAAGAAGAAAAAGAGGGAAUCGAAGAAGAGAAGUUGACGAAGACGAUUGAUGAAGAAGAUAAAAUAUAUCCCGAUGAUUUGAAUCCAUUUGGUGAUGAUGAAACUGAAGUAAAAUCAUCAAAAGUUUCUUCAAGUCAUUCGAAAGAACGUCAAAGUUUAAAUCCAUUUGGAAGUUGUUCCGAAGACGAAGAUGAAGAGAAAUUAGAAGUUAAAAAUUCUUAUGGAACGUUGCCGAAACCACCACGUCCACCUCCACCGAAAGCAAUGACAAUGAAAGGAGUCUCAACGAAUCCCUUUGGAUCUGACGACGAAGAUGAAGAACAACAAAAUGUCCCAGUAACAGUAAAUCGAACUCCAGUUCCAACUCCACGAAAACCUUUGUUACAUUCAACAACCCCCGAACCAUCACAACGUUCACUGUCGGGUUACUCGCCUGGUCAUAGUUUCAAAGGAUCAACUUCAUCAUUAGCAUCUUCGUCAGAUGGAAUGACUUUAAGACGAAAGAAGAAGAAAGCACCUCCACCUCCUGCUUUAACAUCAUUAACUAACGGUGACGAACAUUUGAGUCCAUUUAAGACGCCUUCAACAACGCCUCGAAAGAAGCGACCAGCUCCAACACCUCCUUCGUCAACACCAAAACAAAACGAUGAUUCACUUUAUGUCACUUCAAAUGAUGUUCAAGUGAGUGAAGAUAAUCAAAGCAUGAAUGAAAGUAUUUCAACGAUCGAUAGUUCAAUAAAUGAAUCAACUUCACUUUCAUCUCAAACCAAUCGUCGUUUAAUCCCACUUGGAGAAUGUUUAAUGGAAGAGAAUUCUUCCGAGAAUAAAUCGGAAACGGAAGCAGUGACAUAUCGAAGAAAAAUUGUUCCAAUCAUGCCCACGUCACAAGAUGAUGAAACUUUCGAUAAUCUCGAGCAGAGCAAAGACAACAAAGAAGCAGAAAAUCGUCAACGUCAAAGUCAAGGCUCGCUUAUGAACAGCAAGACAGAAUCAACUGAUUCAUUGCCUUAUUUGAAUAAAUCAUCGCAUGGUAAAUGGAAACGACGAAAAGGACCAGCGCCAGCACUUCCUGGCUUUGCUCAACCUCAACGUCGAGUUCUUCAAAUGUUGCCACUUCAAGAGAUUCGACAAGAAUUGGAGGUGAUUGAAGUUCAACAGCAAGGAUUGGAAAAGCAAGGCGUAAUGUUGGAGAAGAUGAUUCGAGAACGUUGUGAAGGCACUGCUGACAAUCGAACGACAGAAGAACUUCUCGAAGCACUUCCACCGACAAAGAAUCCGAAGGAAGUUGAGGAAUUGAUUUUGCAACUAUUCGAAAUUGUAAAUGAGAAAAAUGAGUUGUUUAGACGUCAAGCUGAGUUAAUGUACUUAAGACGUGCUCAUCGUUUGGAAGAAGAACAAGCUGAUGUUGAAUAUGAGAUUCGAACUUUAAUGGCUCAACCUGAACAAAAUAAAACUGAUUCUGAUAAAGCUAAGGAGGAAGCGCUCAUUGCACGUCUUGUUGAAAUUGUGCAACUUCGUAAUGAAGUCGUUGAUUGUCUCGAUCGUGACCGGUUACGGGAAGCCGAAGAAGAUUUAAGCAUCAAGCAACGAAUGGAAAGUCACACAGCAAAGUUGGAUCAAGAUUAUCUUAACCAAACACCUACAAAGCUUUCAAAGAAGGAGAAAAAAAAAUUAAAAGAAGCCAAGAAGCUUAAAAACAAGAAGCUUGAUGCUGACAAGGAUUUGGAUACAAGUGAAAUAAAGUCAGAAACGAGUGAAAAGAAGAAGAAGAAGAAAAAGUUUUUAUUUUAAAACUUUUGUGUAAGUUGAAGCAACAGAAAGAGAAGAAACUAAUUUAAUUUUGGAGGUUUCAUCGUCACCUUUACUUCGUGGGAAUGAAUAUUCGCAGCCUUUACAGUCGAGGUAGAAGAGAAAUAAAUUGAAUCAACUUAAGACAAUUUACAAUGUGAUAGGAAAGCAGAACAAUUUUUCAUUCUUUCAAGACAAUUUAUUCUUCUCAUUUGUUUUAUUUCUUUUGAAAAGACACAAAAUAUGCUUGCAGGCUUUUAGUAAAAAAGAAAGUGUCAAUGUUUUCAUGAUAUCUACGCCACACGUGCUUAUAAGAAUUUUAAUAGAUAUUUGUAAAUUAAAGAAAGAAAAGGAAAAAUAAAAUUCAGGUUUCAUGCUUCAAUAUUAAAAA